CUCAUUUCCCUGGAGCUCAGCCUGCAUCCUGCACUGAGGACUGAAGCCCUGAACGGUCAGAGGUCAAAUCAACUCACAUAUCAGAGGCUGAGCUGGUCCCGAUCGACGAUUCAAACGUCAGCGUCACUGCCUCUGAACCACCAGCGUUAGACUCCGAUCCCGCCGCUGCUGACCCGCAGGUCAACAACAUGGCCGACACCGACGACAAGUACCUCUUCCUGGAAAACGACUUCCGCAACAGCGGCGUGGCCCAGGCCGACUGGGCGGCUAAAAAGAUGGUGUGGGUGCCAUCAGAACGGGAGGGCUUCGAGCCGGCGAGCAUCAAGGAGGAGAAGGGUGACCAGGUGCUGGUGGAGCUCUCCAACGGUCAGAAGGUGACGGUGAACAAAGACGACAUCCAGAAGAUGAACCCGCCCAAAUUCAGCAAGGUGGAGGACAUGGCCGCCCUCACCUUCCUCAACGAAGCCUCCGUCCUGCACAACCUGCGCGAGAGAUACUUCUCCAGCCUGAUCUAUACGUACUCGGGCCUCUUCUGUGUGGUGGUGAACCCCUACAAGAUGCUGCCCAUCUACUCUGAGAAGAUCAUCGAGAUGUACAAGGGCAAGAAACGCCACGAGGUUCCACCGCACAUCUACUCCAUCACGGACAACGCCUACAGGAACAUGAUGCAGGACCGCGAGGAUCAGUCUAUUCUCUGCACAGGUGAGUCUGGAGCCGGGAAGACAGAAAACACCAAGAAGGUGAUUCAGUACCUCGCCGUCAUCGCCUCCUCACACAAGGGCAAGAACCCCAUCAACCCUCAGCAGCAGGCAGGAUCUUUGGCCUACGGGGAGCUGGAAAAGCAGCUGCUGCAGGCGAACCCAAUCCUGGAGGCCUUUGGAAACGCCAAAACCAUCAAGAACGACAACUCCUCACGAUUUGGAAAGUUCAUCAAACUCAACUUUGAUGUGACCGGCUACAUCGUCGGGGCGAAUAUCGACACCUACCUGCUGGAGAAGUCUCGCUGUAUUCGACAGGCACGCACCGAGAGAGCCUUUCACAUCUUCUACUACAUGGUGGCUGGAGCCAAAGACAAGAUGAGAGAGGAGCUGCUGCUGGAGGACUUCAGCAGCUAUCGUUUCCUGAUAGAGGGUCACGUGGAGAUCCCCGGGCAGGAGGACAACGAGAUGUUUGAUGAAACUCUGGAGGCCAUGGACAUCAUGGGUUUCACUGAGGAGGAGCGAUUAGGCAUGUUGAAGGUGGUGUCCAGUGUGCUCCAGCUGGGUAACAUCAAGUUUGAGAAGGAGAGGAACAACGAGCAGGCGACGAUGCCCGACAACACCGCUGCGCAGAAGGUGUGUCACCUGCAGGGCAUCAACGUGACUGACUUCACCCGCGCCAUCCUCACGCCCAGGAUUAAAGUGGGCAGGGAGGUGGUGCAGAAGGCUCAGACCAAGCAGCAGGCUGAUUUCGCGAUCGAGGCUCUGGCUAAAGCCAUGUACGAGCGUCUGUUUCGCUGGAUCCUCGCCAGAGUCAACAAGACUCUGGACAAGAGUAAGAGGCAGGCGUCAUCCUUCCUCGGCAUCCUGGACAUCGCCGGCUUUGAGAUUUUUGAGGACAACUCAUUCGAGCAGCUCUGCAUCAACUACACCAACGAACGUUUGCAGCAGCUCUUCAACCACACCAUGUUCAUCCUGGAGCAGGAGGAGUACAAGAGGGAGGGCAUCGAGUGGAACUUCAUCGACUUCGGCCUCGACCUGCAGCCCUGCAUCGAGCUCAUCGAGAGGCCGAACAACCCUCCGGGUAUCCUGGCCCUGCUGGACGAGGAGUGCUGGUUCCCCAAAGCCACUGAUAUUUCUUUCGUGGACAAGCUGCUGAACACCCACACUGGUCACGUUAAAUUCUCCAAACCCAAACAGCACAAAGACAAACUGAUGUUCACUGUACUGCACUACGCUGGAAAGGUUGACUAUAAUGCCGCCAACUGGUUGACAAAGAACAUGGACCCUCUGAAUGACAACGUAACAGCUCUGCUCAACAACUCCUCCAGCGCCUUCAUUCAGGAUCUGUGGAAAGACGUGGAUCGAGUUGUAGGUCUGGAGACCAUGACCAAGAUGUCUGAGAGCUCAGUGCCCAGUUCCACCAAAUCCAAGAAGGGCAUGUUUCGCACAGUGGGUCAGCUGUACAAAGAGUCUUUGGGCAAACUGAUGACCACGUUACACAACACCCAGCCCAACUUCGUCCGCUGCAUCAUUCCAAACCACGAGAAGCGGGCUGGAAAGAUGGAUUCCAACCUGGUGCUGGAGCAGCUGAGGUGUAACGGAGUGUUGGAGGGGAUUCGAAUCUGCAGGCAGGGAUUUCCAAACCGGAUUGUGUUCCAGGAGUUCAGGCAGAGGUAUGAGAUCCUGGCUGCCAGCGCCAUCCCUAAAGGCUUCAUGGAUGGAAAACAGGCCUGCAGUUUAAUGGUAAAGCACCUGGAUCUGGACCCUAACUUGUAUCGUAUCGGUCAAAGCAAAAUGUUCUUCAGGACGGGAGUUUUGGCUCAGCUGGAAGAGGAGCGAGACAUCAAACUGACUGUCGUCAUCAUCGCCUUCCAGGCGCAAGCAAGAGGCUUCCUGGGCCGCAAGGCUUUCAGCAAACGUCAGCAGCAGCUCACCGCCAUGAAGGUCAUCCAGAGGAACUGCGCCUGCUACCUCAAGCUCAAGAACUGGCAGUGGUGGAGGCUUUUCACUAAGGUCAAGCCGCUGCUGCAGGUGACCAGACAAGAGGAGGAGAUGGGUCAGAAAGAGGAGGAGCUGAAGGCCGCCAAAGAGGUGGCGGCCAAAACUGAGGCUGAACUGAAGGACAUUACCCAGAAGCACACCCAGCUGAUGGAGGAGCGGGCGCAGCUGGAGUUGAAGCUUCAGGCGGAGACGGAGCUGUGCGCUGAGGCAGAGGAGAUAAGGGUGCGACUGGAGGCCAAGAAGCAGGAGCUGGAGGAGGUGCUGCACGAGAUGGAGGCCCGGCUGGAGGAAGAGGAGGACCGCAGUAACGCCCUGCAGCAGGAGAAGAAGGAGAUGGAGCAGCAGCUACAGCUGAUGGAGGCCCACAUAGCACAGGAAGAAGACGCCAAGCAGAAGCUGCAGCUGGAGAAAGCGGCUGUGGAGGGAAAGGUGAAGAAGCUGGAGGAGGACAUUCUGCUGAUGGAGGACCAGAACAACAAGCUGCAGAAGGAGCGAAAGCUGCUGGAGGAGAGGAUGGCUGACAUGAGCUCCAACCUGGCCGAGGAGGAGGAGAAGUCUAAGAAUCUAACCAAACUCAAGGCCAAGCACGAGUCCAUGAUCUCUGACCUCGAAGUGCGUCUGAAGAAGGAAGAGAAGAGUCGCCAAGAUGUGGAAAAGGCGAAGAGGAAGGUGGAGGCGGAGCUUGCUGAACUGCACGAGCAGCACGCCGACCUGCAGGCGCAGUUAGCUGAGCUGCGGGCCCAGCUCGCUGCCAAGGAGGAGGAGCUGCAGGCCACACAGGAGCGCCUGGAGGAGGAGAGCAGUCAGCGUGGGGCGGCGGUGAAACGCAUUCGGGAGCUGGAGGCUUUGCUCUCAGAGCUGCAGGAAGACUUGGAGGCUGAAAGGGCGGCGAGAGGGAAGGCUGAGGCAGCACGACGGGACCUCGGGGAGGAGCUUAAUGCUCUACGUACCGAGCUGGAGGACAGUCUGGACACGACUGCUGCCCAGCAGGAAUUACGGGCGAAACGUGAGCAGGAAGUGGCCAUGUUGAAGAGAGCCAUGGAGGAAGAGGGGCGGAGCCAUGAGGCCCAAAUCCAGGAACUGAGACAGAAACACAGUCAGGCUGUGGAGGAGCUGAAUGAGCAGCUGGAGCAGGCCAAGCGGGUAAGAGCUGGUCUUGAGAAAGCCAAGCAAGGUCUGGAGAAGGAGUCGGCAGACCUGAGUGCUGACCUGCGUUCCCUCACCAGCGCCAAACAGGACGUUGAGCACAAAAAGAAGAAGUUGGAGGGUCAGUUGAAUGAUCUAAAUUCUCGCUUCAAUGAGAGCGAGCGGCAGAAGAACGAGCUGUCAGAGCGAGUCUCAAAGAUGACGUUGGAGCUGGACAGCAUGACGGGUCUGCUGAACGAGGCCGAGGGAAAGAACAUCAAGCUGGGUAAAGACGUCUCCAGCCUGUCCUCUCAGCUGCACGACGCACAGGAGCUGCUGUCAGAGGAGACGCGUCAGAAGCUGAAUCUGUCUGGGCGUCUGCGUCAGAUGGAGGACGACAGGAACAGCCUCAUGGAGCAGCUGGAGGAGGAGACUGAGGUCAAACGGGCCGUGGAGAGGCAGGUGUCCAGCCUCAACAUGCAGCUGUCCGACUACAAGAAGAAGCUGGACGAGAUGUCGGGGACGGUGGAGCUGCUGGAGGAAGGGAAGAAGCGUCUGCAGCGUGAGCUGGAGGCGACCAACACAGAGUACGAGGAGAAGGCCUCCGCUUACGACAAGCUGGAGAAGAGCCGGAGCCGGCUGCAGCAGGAGCUGGAGGACGUCCUCAUGGACCUGGACAGCCAGCGGCAGCUCGUCUCCAACCUGGAGAAGAAGCAGAAGAAGUUCGAUCAGAUGCUGGCCGAGGAGCGCACUGUGUCCUGUAAGUAUGCGGAGGAGCGGGAUCGAGCGGAGGCAGAGGUGCGGGACAAGGAGACAAAGGUGCUGGCUCUUACCCGAGGGCUGGAAGAAAGCCACGAGGCUCUGGAGGAGGCGGAGAAGAUGGUGAAGGCGCUCCGAGCUGAGAUGGAAGAUCUCAUCAGCUCCAAGGACGACGUGGGAAAGAAUGUGCAUGACCUGGAGAAGGCGAAGCGCGGCCUGGAGGCCAUCGUGGAGGAGAUGAGGACGCAGAUGGAGGAGCUGGAGGACGAGCUGCAGGUGGCCGAGGACGCCAAGCUGCGUCUGGAGGUUAACAGUCAGGCUCUGAAAGCUCAGCAUGAGAGGGAGCUGCAGGGCCGUGACGAGCUGGGAGAGGAGAAGAGGAAGCAGCUCCUGAAACAGGUCCGAGAGCUGGAGUCAGAGCUGGAGGAGGAGAGGAAGCAGCGGAGUCAGGCUUCAGCCGGGAAGAAGAAGCUGGAGGGGGAGCUGAAGGACAUGGAGGAUCAGCUGGAGGCCACCAGCAGGGGGCGUGACGAGGCGCUCAAACAGCUCCGCAAAAUCCAGGGCCAGAUGAAGGAUCUCCAGAGGGAGCUGGAGGACUCCCGUGCAGCCCAGAAGGAGGUCCUUGCCUCAGCCAGAGAGUCUGAGCGCAGGUCCAAGGCCAUGGAGGCCGACAUCAUGCAUCUGAAUGAGGCGCUGGCAGCUGCUGACAGAGCUCGUAAGCAGGCGGAGACGGAGAGAGACGAGCUGUCCGAGGAACUGGCCAGUAACUCAUCUGGAAAGUCACUGCUGUCCGAUGAAAAACGUCGUCUGGAGACGAAGAUCAGCCAGUUGGAGGAGGAGCUGGAGGAGGAGCAGGCCAACAUGGAGGGCCUCAACGACCGGCUGAGGAAGAGCCAGCAGCUGGUGGAUCAGCUCGGAGCAGAGCUGGCCACGGAGAGGUCUUCUGCUCAGAGCAGAGAGGGAUCCAGGCAGCAGCUGGAGAGGCAGAACCGAGAGCUGAAGGCCAAGCUGCAGGAGCUGGAGGACCAGGGCCGCUCCAAACUCAAGUCCUCCAUCACUGCUCUGGAGGCCAAACUCCGAGAGGCCGAGGAGCAGCUGGAGGUGGAGAGCAGAGAGCGGCAGGCCAACGCUAAGAAUCUGCGCCAGAAAGAGAAGAAACUGAAAGAUUUAACGAUCCAGAUGGAGGACGAGAGGAAGCAGGCGCAGCAGUACAAAGAUCAGGUGGAGAAGAGCAACGUGCGGGUGAAGCAGCUGAAGCAUCAGCUGGAGGAAGCGGAGGAGGAGGCGCAGCGCGUGGCUGCAGCCCGCAGGAAGCUGCAGAGGGAGCUGGAAGAGGCGACAGAGUCCAACGACACCCUGAACAGAGAGGUGGCUUCGCUCAGGAGCAAACUCAGGCGUGGCGGCAGCGGUGCUGGCGGGGAGGUGUUGUACAGCAGCUCCACUCCUCGCAGCAGUGGUGGCGGCAGCAUGAGGAGUUUUGGGCUUGGAGGGAGCAUCAACCGGAGGAGCAACAUCAAAGAGAACUCGGUGGAGCUGCAUGAGGAAGAGCCUCCCUCACCUUCCUCACCCGCCCGCACCCCACCUCUGGAGCCCCGUGCCGAGGUCUACACCUGCUCCCCCAACGAGUAGACGACCAGGAGCGGAUAAAGAAGUGUUUUAGGAAACAACCAAGCUUAGAGUCACAGGAGGAGCUGGAUAUUUAAUCAAUACUAUGGAUUUAUGUUUGAAGCAAAUAGUUUUGUUUUUAAGUUAUUCCAAACACACUGAGGGACAAACUGUGGACCAAAUUUAUCCCCAACAAAACAAGAAAACAAUGAUGUCAUUUAAUAGCCUGAAGCUACAAUUUAAUGUCCCAAAUAUUAGAAAUAUUAGUGCAAGUAUUUAA